AUGUCGACAUCGACUGGAGACGGGAGCAGCAGCCGCGCUGGUGCUGCCCGCACCUACGAUGACGCCAUCGAUGCGCUCAACUCGUUGCAGAGCAAUGCUGCCACCAUCGAGGCGCUUCGCAAAUCAGGCGGUCGACUGCUCGACUUCGCCAUCCCCGAGAUGGUCGAGUACCUUGAACGCAUCGGGUACAGCACAUCGGAUCUCAACCGGCUAAACGCCAUCCACAUCACCGGCACGAAAGGCAAAGGCAGCACUUCUGCAUUCGUCGAUUCAUUGCUACGCCAGCUCACACCCGUCGACGCGUCCACGCAACCCAAAGUCGGGCUGUACACAUCACCGCACAUGACGAGCGUUCGCGAGCGUAUUCGCAUCAACGGUCAGCCCGUCCCCCACGAGCUCUUCACAAAAUACUUUUGGCAGGUGUGGGAUCGACUGGAGCAGAACCCGACACGCAAGUUCGACCUGACACCGCUGCGACCUGUCUACUUUCGCUUCCUGACUCUGCUCGCGUUCCACAUCUUUCUGUCCGAAGGUGUUCAGCCGGUGAUCCUCGAGGUGGGCAUCGGUGGGAAGUACGACUCGACCAACAUCGUGCCCAAGUGCGUGGUCGCAGGUAUCACACAGCUCGGGUUGGAUCAUACGGCCAUCCUCGGAAACACGGUCGAGGAGAUCGCCGUGCAGAAAGCAGGUAUCUUCAAACCACAGGCGCCGGCGGUGUGCUGGGCACAACAGCCAGGAAAGGCGCUGGAUGAGGUCAAGAGGAUAGCUGACGAGGUGCAAGUGAGCGAUCUCAAGAUCGUGGAUGUGCAUCCCGCUCUUGUGUCUGAUGCUGCUGCGCUAGGGACGUCGGAUCCGAACACGGUCAGCCUCGGCCUACCAGGGUUCCACCAGCGGACGAAUGCGAGUGUGGCGCUGGAGCUAGUCAACGCAUACCUGGACUCGCAAGCAGGUCGUUCGAUGUUCAAGGAGCCAUCGCAUCGUGCUUUUGACCUGGCAGUAUGGCAAAAGAGAGGUUUGGAAGAGGCGAGGUGGCCGGGUCGCUGCCAAACCGUGCCGACCUCACGCCAAGGUAUGGGGUUGACGUGGUACUUGGACGGAGCACACACCACCGACUCGCUCGGCGUAUGCCUCGGCUGGUUCACAGCGAUCCAACAGCGUCAAACUCAGUCAAAGCAGAACAAGCGCAUCUUUGUGUUCAACUGCACCAACGGACGCAGCGCUCACGAGCUGCUCUCUUCCGUGCUCGAUGCGGUGGAAACGAGUCUUGCCGGAGAAGGAUCCGGUCCGACCAAAGACGAAAGCUCGCGAUAUCGACUGGCAAAGGACUACUUCGACCAAGUCAUCUUCACCACCAACAUCACGUUCGAAGGAGGAGGGUGGUCGUCGGAACUCACGUCCAAGUUGCUCGACGACAAGGAUCUUGUAAACCUGACGGUGCAGAACCAGCUGGCAGAGACGUGGAAGGAGUUGGUGCCCGAGUCCAGAACAGACGUGCGCAUCACUCCGAGCAUCCAGGCUAUGCACGAUCACGUGCUCGAGGUUGCGCAGAAGGAAGGUGGGGUCGACUGUCUGGUGUCUGGAUCGCUUCAUCUGGUGGGAGGCGUCAUGGCACACUUGCAGCACAGCGGGUGUUUGGAUGACUCGCUCAUGUCGACUGUACGCCCUUGA